UAUCGAAUGAAAUGUUUUCGCUUUUAGAAACAAAUUCAUCGUUUGAGUAGCUCCAUUAUCGGUAGAAAUUAUUUUCUAUAGAAACCAUUACUUGGAGACAAGUCAUUUGUUUACCGUUGUUGUAGAAUAAACAGCUCUAGUGGAAUAAAAUAGGAAUAGGAGAUUUUGUUUACCACUUCUGCUCAUUUGACACGUUAAGAUUAGGUUAGGACGUUUACGUAGUGAUAAAAAUAUAUUUAUUUUUAUUCUGUUCUUUCUAUUAAAAUUAGUUUGCAAAAUGUCUCUCCUUUAUCAUAAAUCAAUGGCUGUUCUGGAUAAAAUUGUUCCAUCAAAAUUACAACCGCUAUGGAUGCACCCAGCUGGCCCCAAAACAAUUUUUUUCUGGGCACCGAUAUUUAAAUGGGGCUUGGUGAUAGCUGGAAUCGCAGAUCUGCAAAGACCUGCAGAUACAAUCAGCCCAACUCAAUGUGGAGCAUUGCUUGCUACAGGACUCAUAUGGUCUAGAUAUUCCUUGGUCAUUAUUCCUAAGAAUUAUUCUUUGUUUAGUGUGAAUUUGUUCGUUGCUGGGACCCAGUGUUAUCAGAUGUACAGAGCUUUAAGUUAUAGGCACAACCAGAAGACUAUAGUAUAAGAGAAAAAUUCAAGAAUUUUAGGGAAACGUGUGCACAAUUUUGAAAUUCUGUACAGAUGUGAAUAGCAUAUUUUGGAAUUGAUUUUAUUAAAGGUGAUAUGUUUA